CCCGCCGCCCCGCCUUCUCGGCUGGCCGCCCCGCCCCGCCCCGCCGCGCCCGCAGUUCCCUGCUCUCUAGCGCCCCUGCUGGACGGCGAGCGCCGCAGCCGGGAGGGUCUCGGGAGGCCGGGCGGAGCCUAGCUGGGGUGGUGGGCGGGGCUUGGUGGGGCGGGGUCGAGUUGGCUCCACCCCGGAGGAAUCGCCUUGCGGCGUUCAGAGGAGUUAGGGCCGGAAGUGCUGUGGAAAUUGUUUUUCUCCCUCAAAAGUCUCUUCUCACCCCAGCCCUCUGUGAGAUUGUGGUGUGAGCGCGUUAAUCGCUGGCUUCUCACACUAAGGCUUUAUGAUUUUGAGAGUGGGCUCCAGACCAGGCCUCACAUUCACCUCGGUCUUUGUGGCCAAACCCAUGGACACCUGCUACUGAACUCUGAGCAUAUUUUGGUCCAGGUUGCCUUGGUGCCUGCUAUGUCAAUUUUUUUUUUCUUCUGUGAGUGAUGUAAUAGUAUUGCACCGCGUUCAUGUUGUAAGUACUUUGUGGAGUAUUCGGACUUGCCUAGCAUGUGCAAGGCCUUAGGUUCCAUCUCCGGUUCUGGAAGCAAAAAAGAAAAAAAGGUAUUAUUUUAAACAGUAGAGCAUUAAGGUAGGCAUGGUGUCAUAAACCUGCAGUUCCAGUGUCUGAAAUCCCAGCACUCAGGAGUCUGGAGACAAGGAGGAUCAGAAGUUCAAGGUCAUGCUCAACUAUAUAGAGAGUUCAUCUCCUGCCCGGGCUACAUGAGACCCUUGUUCCCAGACAGUACCCCUUCACUCCCGAAAAAGAAAGAUGCAGGCGUGCAAAACAGUAAAGCAUAAUUUUUAUUGGAACCUUGAAUUGGGUUUCUCAUGCUAGUGACCCCAAAAGUGAUGGUGGCCUGUCAUCUUCAUCUCUGGCAAGCCAGGGAACUCAUCACACCAGCAUCCUGUGGAUGGGAGGAGAUCAUGGCCCGGGCACUAGGGCAAGCAGGAAGAACCUCAUAGAGGAAGGGGGGAGUCCCCCCCAACCUGGGAGGGGCCCCCAACAGGCUGCUGAAGCUGAGACUGAGGAGGAAGUGAGAGGAGCCUGUGACACUGGGGUCUCGGGCACAAUGGCCCAGGCCCUGGGGGAAGAGCUGGUGCUGCCGUCAGAACUACAGGAUGAUUCUAGCUCUCUAGGGUCGGACUCAGAGCUGAGUGGGCCUAGUCCAUAUCGCCAGGCUGACCGCUAUGGCUUCAUUGGGGGCAACUCAGCAGAACCGGGGCCUGGUCACCCCCCUGCAGACCUCAUCCGUCAGCGGGAGAUGAAGUGGGUGGAGAUGACCUCACAUUGGGAGAAGACCAUGUCUCGACGGUACAAGAAGGUCAAGAUACAGUGCCGAAAGGGCAUCCCCUCAGCCCUGCGGGCCCGGUGUUGGCCCCUGCUGUGUGGGGCCCGGAUGUGCCAGAAGAACAACCCUGGCACCUAUCAGGAGUUGGCCGUGGCCCCUGGAGACCCGCAGUGGAUGGAGACCAUUGGCAGGGACCUGCACCGCCAGUUCCCUCUGCACGAGAUGUUUGUGUCACCCCAGGGACACGGGCAGCAGGGGCUGCUGCAGGUUCUCAAGGCCUACACCCUGUACCGGCCGGAACAGGGCUAUUGUCAGGCUCAGGGCCCUGUAGCUGCGGUACUGCUUAUGCAUCUGCCCCCAGAGGAAGCCUUCUGGUGCUUGGUGCAGAUCUGCGAGGUCUACCUCCCAGGCUACUAUGGGCCCCACAUGGAAGCAGUGCAGCUGGAUGCUGAAGUGUUCAUGGCCCUUCUGCGGCGGCUGCUUCCACGUGUGUACAAGCACCUGCUGCAGGCAGGCGUUGGGCCCCUGCUCUACCUGCCUGAGUGGUUCCUGUGCCUCUUCACCCGCUCGCUGCCCUUCCCCACGGUGCUGCGCAUCUGGGAUGCCUUCCUUAGUGAGGGUGCCAAGGUCCUCUUCCGUGUGGGGCUGACACUGAUGCGGCUGGCACUGGGUACCGUGGAGCAGCGCACGGCAUGCCCAGGGCUCUUGGAGACCCUGGGGGCCCUUCGAACCAUCCCCACCACCCAGCUGCAGGAAGAGGCCUUCAUGUCCCAGGUACACAGUGUAGCCCUGUCUGAGCGAGAUCUGCAGCGGGAAAUCAGGAUCCAACUGGCCCAGCUGCCCAAGUCAUCACCUGGGCCAGCACCUCUGCCACAGGCCCGCCUUCCUGGGGCCCAAGCCAUCUUUGAGUCCCAGCAGCUGGCAGGGGUUCGAGGAAGCACCAAACCUGAGAUACCCCGAAUAGUCGUGCAGCCCCCAGAGGAGCCCAGGCCGCCACGGCGCAAGCCACAGACCCGUGGCAAGACUUUCCAUGGGCUCCUGACAAGGGCCCGGGGUCCCCCUAUUGAGGGUCCCUCCAGGUCCCACCGAGGCUCCGCCUCUUUCCUGGACACCCGCUUCUGAGUAUACAGUGUACUUAGUGCCACCAUAUCUCGAUCUUCUGAGCAGCCAUGCCAGCCCCAGAAAUGUGUACUGCACUUUACUUCUGAACUGUGUGGCUCACUGAUCCCAGCAAGGACCACCUGGAGGAGGGGAGUGAGUAUCUCCCCACUUUGAGGACUGUGUCAGGCACAAAGAUAAAGGAAGGCCACUGAGUGGAGUUUGUGGGGAGCUAUCUGGUGCCUGCCAUUUCCAGCCUCAAAGCCAGCACUGAAGGAGUGUGGGGGUGAAGUGUCUGGCUGGGAUACAGUACCCCCAUGGGCUUCUUGUUGGGGAACCUCAAAUAAAGCCUGACUGAGAAGAUA